AAGUGAAUCCAGUGCAUUGUUUGUAUUUUGGCUUCAUUCAUCCCCUAAUAAGCCAUCUCCAGCCAAGUUAGCAGGAUUUAGGAUCAACAUUUGGACAAUCAUAACACUUGUCUCCCUUCCACCUCCUUCAGUACGGUUUGAAAACGUCAGCCAAGGAGGUUGUAGCACGAUCUUCUCUCUCUCAUCCAAUCUUGAAUGAGAUGCCAAUCAGGUGUAGUCUUACGCCAGAGGAAUUCCACGCCUAAAGUUACACUCCGUUGAAGAGCAUAUCCAGAGUUACAUUAUCCGCAUCCAAGCUGACUCUUCUCACUCGUAAACAACAAGUCUGAUUGAAGAUGGAGAUGCUAUGUCAGGCAUUGAGAAGGACUAUGAUGAUGAUGCUGAUGUUCAUGGUCUUACUCCUGAGCUGUUUUCUGAUGGAGGCUGACUUUGUCCAGGCCUGUACCUGCUUGCCUAAACAUCCUCAGCAGCAUUACUGUGACUCAGAUUAUGCAAUCCGAGUUAAAAUCUUCAAGCAAAAGCUGAAGCUGCCCAAUGGACAACGCUACGAGAUAAACGACCCCGAGAUACCUGACCUACCCAUCGAAGUGCUCAGCCAGUCACACAGGGAAUGGUCUGGGGUGAUUCAGAAAGUCUACAAGGGAUUUGAGAAACUCAAACACACUACAACCGUUAACAUCUACUCACCAUUCUAUGAUUCAAUGUGUGGAGUAGGAACACUGAUGAAUGAUGAAAGCUAUGUUAUCAUGGGUACAUUUGGCCAUGGAGGACUUAACUUUGAUUUCUGUGAUUGGCAUCAUUCAUGGAAAACAGUUACAUCAAAGCAGAGGAGAGGUCUCAAAUACUGGUAUGCUGAAAACUGCAGUUGUCAGAUUGAUACAUGUGGAUUGCGGCAUCCAUGCGGGGAGGCACAACCAGAGGCUUCACCGACGGGUUGUGAGUGGGACGCAUGGCACAGUAGAUGCACCAAUCAGCACACAGCGUGUGUGAUGACGGCACAGGGCUGCCAAUGGCACCAAUCAAAGGACUUGAAGCAAUGUUUGAAAGCACCCUGAUAUGGAUCUAGAGAUUGAACAGAGCACUUCAAGAUCAAGUUUUGCCUUUAAUAACAUCUUUACUGCCACUCACAGUGCAGCUUGCUGAGCUCCUUGUGCAACUAUGAACACUUUGUGGUGCUGGGUUUCACCGGUAGCACUGAAAGUGUUAAAGGGUGCUAGUUGGCACCCAUAACACUCACAGUGUUAAAGGGUGCUAGUUUGCACCCAUAGCACUCACGGUGUUAAAGGGUGCUAGUUUUCACACACAGCACCGGCAAUAUUAAGCCGAAGUUUUUCAACGAGAGCACUGAAAGUGUCAAAGUGUGCAAGUUUUUUUUCGCAACUAGCACUGUAAGUGUUAAGGGUGAUCUUUUUGCAGGAUGUUGCCAAAAAUGACAUGAACAAAUGAAAUUUUUAAAAAGGAGUAUUUUUUCCUAAAUCAGUAUUGGCUCAAAGCAGUGCAUUUUAAUAAUUUUUAUACUCAAUCAUUUUAGGCUCUACAACACCAUUCCAAUAGAAGCCUUUAUGUUUAUUUACUUUUAUAUGACAGAAAGUGAUUUCUUGACUCGAAUUUCUGUUUAAAUUAUUAAUAUCUCACUUAAAGAAGUCACCAGUCAUCCUAAUAAUGCAUUACAAAUGUAGCAUUUAUAAACAUAAAAUAAUAAUAAAGAAUAAGACUGUAAUUCCAAUAUUUGUUUAAGUUUCAGAUUUAAGAAUUACAAGUACUUGAAAUCAAAAUCAGCAUUAUAAAUAAAAAUAUCCACCAUUGUAGCUUAUCAAGAAAUUAUCAAUAUUUGCUACAAAUAAUUAUAAUCAUAUGCAUGAAUGGUCAAGAUUUGAAUUUAGAUAUGUUUGAAAAUAUAUGAAAAUGUGAACAUGCCUUGAUUGAAUCUUUAAAUUUUGUAUAAAAAUUUGUACAUAAGAAAUGCAAAAAAUAUGUUAUGUGCUUGUCUUUUUAUAUAUACACGUAUAAUUUAAAAUGUUUGUUUAAAAUGAUCUGCUGUCUAUAUGUCUAUAAACUUUCUCCAUCCAUUUUAGCAUCUUUUCUUGUGAACUCUUUGCUCAUCUAUCACAUGUUUUCCAUAUAGAAUAUGUUAAUAGCACUUGUUAUGAAUAAUCUUAUUCAACUAAAUUGAAAUACUUUCAGUACAUUAUAACACGAUCUUUGCAACAAACGGCUUUUUAUUUCUGUCCCUGAUUGCAUUCUUUGAAUGUAAAACUGGAUUUUUAGGGGACUGAAACAAGAAUCAACAGUAAUAACACUUACGAGACAGAACUAACAAUAGUCUGUAUAAUAGUCAAAUAAUAUUCUUCAUGUUUCUUUCAUUUCUGAUUCUUCUUAUUUUUAAUGUUACCUUGUGCAAUGUGCUAAAUAUUGUAUCAUCAUUAUUUUGCAGUGUUAUGUUUGUUGUAUUUUACUUGAUGAAUGUCUAUGUUUAUGAAUAAAUGAAUGAAAGAAGGAAGGAAGGAAGAAGGAAUUAUGAAAAUAGCAUUAUAGACACAAAUCAACAGGGAAAGAAAGAUUGAUGGUGUACAAACCUGUCACUUGCAAGUUAUUUCUAAUUAUACAUUUUGUAUGGUAACAAAGUAAAUCAUGAAUGUAAACGGUAGAAUUAACAGUAACAUACCAUAUCUACUACUUUAGUUAAGAAUAGCUCUAUCAUACAUAACAAAAUUAUUGUAUUCCAGACACAAAAUCAUUAUCAUUUCAUAAUUUCACUACUUAAGUGCAAGAAGGGAACUACAAUUAGUAGCUUUAUAAAGUCUGAGUGUCUCUCUCCCUCUCUGUGACAUUGAUUCAAGGCUCAUCAUUUAUGAUUUAUUCUUGAAUCUAUUGCCUGCAUGAAAUUACUCUUCUACAAUAAUGCACGAUGAGAAUCAAAAGAUUAUAAGAAAUAUGUUUAACCAUGUGGUAAUCAUACUAAAAUAUACAAAAGUAUACAAUGUUUCAUAGAGCUAUUUUUUUCCAACUGUGAUUUCUUGAAAAGUGCAAGGGAUAGGUAAAGUAAGAAUCUUGUGUAGAAUGGUAUGUAACAUGCUCUACUACAUAGAAGCAUACAUACAAAUUUGCUUUGAAAGAUAAUGACAUUGUGAUGAGAAAGUUUGGUCUGUAAGUUGAAGGACAAAAGAAAUAUUUCUAACGGUGAAUUUACACGCUUGAACUAAGUCAAUGUAUGUAUUUUCAUUCAUCAAUGAUUUCUAUAUGUUGUAUAGUUUGCUUUAUGCACUUAUCUGUAACAUUAAUUUUGUCUUUCACACCGUAUAUGAGUGUGUCACUAUAAGAAGCCUUCUUCUUUUCUAAAGAAAUAAACGUUUUGUAAAAGUAA